AUGGAUGAGUCAACAGAGGUUCGAACAGAUGGCAAUUCCCUGUUGAAGGCUGUAUAUUUAUGCCGGCUACGUCUGACUCGGCUGCUCCUGGAAGGAGGAGCCUACAUUAAUGAGAGUAAUGAGAAUGGUGAGACACCACUUAUGGUAGCCUGCAAGACACGCUAUACAGAUUCACAGAGUGUACCCCAGCACAAGAUGGUCCGGUAUCUUCUUGAAAAUGGUGCCGAUCCAAACAUCCAAGACAAGACUGGGAAAACGGCUCUAAUGCAUGCAUGUCUUCAACAAAUGGGAGCUGAAAUUCUGUCACUUCUUCUUAGCAGCGGAGCUGAUCCAACCCUGGAGGAUCAUGGAGGUUUAUCUGCGUUAGUUUAUGCAGUUAAUUCUGGUAACAGGGACAUUCUUAGUGUACUCUUAGAUGCCUGUAAAGCCAAGGGUAAGGAAGUUAUCAUCAUCACUACCAACAAACUGCCAUCUGGCCAUCAGGUGACAAAGCAGUACCUUAAUGUUCCUCCAUCUCCUGAAGUUGAAGAGAGUCUGCAUUACUUACCAGCAUCUUGCUGCAUGUCACCAUAUGAGGUCCAGCUACGAACUCCUCCUCAGGGCUCUUCAGCAACAACCUCUCCUCAACCUGGCAGCCCCCUUCAAAGCCUCAAGGAUCCCCAGUGUUUAGGCUUAGGGCAUGGCCUGAUCAGAUUUCAACCAGGUUCACCAAUGCAACAUCGAAGUCCUCUACGUGUUCCCGAUGUGGAUAAGCGACCUAACUUCCAUCAGCUACACUCAGAAGCCUGGUCCAAAAGUCCUUCCCUGUUGCUCCAGCAGAGUCAGGCGUCCUCUCUGACUGAGCAACCAGUGAAAAUUACUCCGGAGGAGGUGCUGUCUUUCAGAGUCGAAGAACAUCCUCCUGCUAUUUCACGGCACCAGAGCAUUGAUGUCAAAGAUGCAAAAGGACUUGUGAAAGCAUUAGAGAUCUUAUCAGGAAAUGACAACAGGGGAGGUGGUGGAAAAAAAGGCUUUGGCAGAAAGAUGUCAUAUGACAGUGCUGCAAGUUCAUUAUAUUCUGUUUCACACCCAAACUUGCUUCAAGAUAAUUUUGCUGGGCCGCCACCGGCACGCUUGACUUCAGAGUGGUUUACUGAUACGGCCUUCGACUUCACCCUAGAGGUGAAGCGGUAUCAGUUUUGUGAGACGUUCUCCUUUGUCACCAACGUCUCACUGAUGGUUCGGAUCGCCGGACUGAAUCCCACCGCCGUGGACCAGACUAAAAGCACCGGCCUGGACCCGAAUUUUAACGUCCCAGGUCUUUCGGCCUCGUCUAAGAGGGCUGUGCACAGACUUCG